GGGGGCCCGGGGCGGGGUUUUGGCGGCGGCGUGGCUCCGCUGUCCCUCAGCGCGCCGGGGCGUCCGGCCAGGGCAGGGCCCGCCGGGGCCGUGUCGCUCGCCCGACGGCAGCGGGGCGGGAGCGGGGCGACCGGCCGUUCGUGUCUCUCUCUCUGCCAUCCCGGGUGUGGACGCGGCCGGGUCGGCGGUGACCGGGGACGGUCCCCGAGCCCCGGGAAGCGGCUGCUGUGGUGCACCGGCUCCCUCCUCGUCACGGAGGGUGAAGGCUGUGAGAGAGCCCUGUAACGGGGGAGCCCUUGGAGAAGCCCCCAGCCGUUAGCCAUGGCCGUACCUAUUGCCGUUCUUGACUGUGACCUCUUGCUCUAUGGCCGCGGACACAGGACUUUGGAUCGCUUCAAGCUGGAUGAUGUCACGGAUGAGUAUCUAGUAUCCACGUACGGUUUUCCCCGACAGUUCAUUUACUACCUGGUGGAUCUCCUGGGAGCCAGCCUCUCUCGCCCUACACAGCGGUCCAGGGCCAUCAGUCCGGAGACGCAGAUACUUGCUGCACUGGGUUUCUAUACCUCCGGCUCCUUCCAGACUCGCAUGGGGGAUGCUAUUGGCAUUAGUCAAGCCUCCAUGAGCCGCUGCGUUGCCAAUGUAACUGAGGCAUUGGUGGAAAGAGCCUCACAGUUUAUUCACUUUCCUAAGGAUGAAGCUACUGUUCAGAGCCUGAAGGAUGACUUUUACGGGCUAGCAGGCAUGCCGGGAGUGCUGGGGGUGGUUGACUGUACCCACGUGGCAAUCAAAGCGCCAAAUGCUGAGGAUCUGUCCUAUGUGAACCGAAAGGGUCUCCAUUCCCUGAACUGCCUGAUGGUGUGUGAUGCCAGAGGAGUCCUCCUGAGCGCAGAAACGCACUGGCCAGGCAGUCUGCCAGACUGCACAGUUCUCCAGCAGGCAGCCCUUACAAGCCAAUUUGAAAAUGAGCUACAUAAAGAUGGCUGGCUACUUGGUGACAGCUCCUUCUUCCUCCGAACGUGGUUGAUGACGCCUCUGCAUAUCCCCGAGACACCUGCAGAAUAUCGCUACAACAUGGCACAUUCUGCCACUCACAAUGUCAUCGAAAGGACGUUCAGAACCAUCCGGUCGCGUUUCCGCUGCCUGGAUGGGUCCAAAGGCACUCUGCAGUAUUCUCCAGAGAAAUCCAGCCAUAUCAUUCUGGCCUGCUGUGUGCUUCAUAACAUCUCCCUGGAACACGGGCUGGACGUGUGGUCUUUGCCGGCCACAGGACACAUGGAACAACCGGAAGAAGAGUACGAGCAAAUGGAAUCAAUGGACUCGGAAGCCUGUCGUAUUCGUCAGGAGCUUUUACUUAGUCAUUUUAGCUAAUGUUCUGACAGAGAGAAGACUUCUAACGGUUCAUCUGGGAAGAUACCCAGAACAAAUAUGCCCCUUUCUCUUCUUUAAGUCUGUAAGGGCUGAGCAGAUGUGAGACAAGGAGAAAUCUUACUCUCUUCACUUCAGGCAGUAUUCUGAACUUCUCUCAGUCUCUCCAGAAAUGCAAUUUAAUUGCUAAAUUUUUACUGUUGUGAUGCUUAGAGACUCCCCUUUCAUCUGACUGACAGAACAAUGACUAAUGUGAGAUCAGUGGAGAAACUUGUGAAAUUGUCUUUGGUAAUGAUGAAACAUCCAUAAGCCUUUCACUGUUUUACAAAGCAACAAUUCUACGCCACUUUGUAAUGCAAGGCAUUUGUGAUUGAUUUUUAAACAGUAUUUCACACAAAUGAAACUUCCAUGUGGGCUCAUGUCUACCCUGAAUGCGUGAGCAGCAAAGCAAACAUUUAUCUUUUUGUUUGCAGGUAUAAAUUCUUGCUAAAUACCAUUUUGCAGUUUUGUGCGUCUUGCAAAACCCAGCGAUUCCUCUGAAAGCCAACAGCUGUGUUCUGGGAGCGGUCUGGCUUUUUGCUGGGUACACACUAGGUUGAAUGUUUCUUCUUUCCCAAACAGACUGGAGAAGAUGUUAACCUAUGGUUGGCUCUGUCAGUUACUUAAUUGGGAAAUGGGCUACUGAAAGUAAGUCUAGUUCUCACUAGAUAUGUCUGCCACAACAGAAAACUGCUUAGUUUGUUGGCUGCUGUAAAAGAAAUGCCAAGGACAGGCUCGGUCUGGAACUGAUUGCAAGAGUUCUCCCCUUAGAUCAGAGCUGAGGUAGAGAAAGGCUGCUCUACCGCUGCUGGCAACCUACCUAUUCGGUGGAAAAAGGCGACUGAUGCACACAGUUGUUGCUGGCACAAGACCGGGAAGUUUCCUGGCGAUGUUCUCAUGCCAAAAGAUGCGAGUGUUUCCAAGGAUCUCUUGACAGCAGUCUGAGAAAAUUUUAUUUCGUAGAUUUUAUUGUUUACUGGGCAGUAAAUGAAACAGAAGUGGUAGGGAAUGCAGAAUGCUGCAAAAAGGUAGCUAUCUAAGGUAGCAGUACAACCAUCUGGCACAGCAGGUCUGUCUGUUCUUUUAGAGGAAAUGGGCCUGGAUCAUGUCCCACGUUUGCAGAGUAAGAAAGUAUGGGACAUCUUCCUAAAUGUAGGAUGGAGAUGCAGGAUUAGGUAGCGAUAUAUCAGAUAAAUGUUUUGCAAUGGCAAUAAGUAGAAAAAAGUCUUGUAGAAAACCAAGCCUGCUUUAUGAUGUAUAAGCAAGAUGUUUUCGUAAGCCUUGCUGAGAACUGUAAAAUAGUAAGUACAACAAUCUGAGAUGUAACACUGUUUUCUUUAUGCAUCUUCCCAUGAGGUGUCACGUAAGAGCUAGUAUUGCUCACUGUGGCAAAAUCCCUGCUCCUUUUACCUAGAAAGAAUCAUACAAGCAUUGCUUUCUAAAAAAAUAAAAGCGUUUUUAAUGUAA